GUACUGUGAGCAGACACGGAGUGCUCUACGUGCGCGACACUAGCAGGUACUGUGAGCAGACACGGCGUGCUCUACGUGCGCGACACUACCAGGUACUGUGAGCAAACAGAAAACGAAACAAUACAAUAAAGAAUAACAGAAAAUCUCCAAACAUUAGAACGGAUACUUGCUGUACGUAUAAAUUCUAAAUUUGGAGAAAGUUAGAUUAAUGACUAGUUUUAAACCGCACCGACGAAACAAAUUAUUUUCUACUCGGUGAAUAUAUUUCAGCUUUGGUUGGACAUCACGUCGACGUACAACUGGCCCACGGAGGUGACCUUCGCCGACAACACCGCCAGCUCCACGCACAGCUACGACAGCCGGCCCGAGGCCGACCUGCACCUGGACGACGCCUUCCACACCGAGCACACGGACUGCAAGCGAACUGCGGGUAAACCCGACAAAGACGGGUCCGGCUGUCGGAGCCGUGGCGACAGGGCCCACCCAGACCGGUCCUCCCCCCAACGCGGUCGGGACCAGCACGAGACUUACCAGAGUAAGCCAGAUAGUUGCCCCUUCACUCAAACCUUGGUGCACCGGAACAGAGACGUGGCGACGACGUCCGAGGAGGAGUUCGACGAGGGACCAUUUCUGAAGAUGCUCUUUAAGUUGCUUUCGACGAUGCCCGACCAGCCCUACCAGGUGAACCUGCACCUCACGUCCAUCAUCUCCAAGUUGGCCUUGCUCCCGCAUCCGAACCUGCACGAGUACUUGCUGAACCCGGACCUGCCCACGGCCAAGACGACUCCGACCCUGUUCAAGACGCUCCAGGAAGUCGCUCGGAGACUCACGAUGGAGGUGCCGAGAAUUAAAAACUACAAGAAGGUCAUCGAGAACACGAGGCUGCAGUUGAUGAGCGAGGACCCCAGCUACGACGAAAUCGGCUCGCAUAACCAGCUCGUAGAAAGCCUUAUCGUACUUGAGGAGUUCUGCAAGGAGCUGGCCGCCAUCGCCUUUGUCAAGCAUCAGCACCAGCUCCAACAGCAGUCGCAGUCGCGGUAGACCGCACUCGUCUCGAUGGUCCCAGGGUACCAGGCCAGCUUGAUAUUGAUCUUUCAGUUAAUACUACUGAUAUGCGGUGGAAAAUUGUCGCUAAUAUAUUUCCAAUUUUUUUAUUUUGGAAGAAAAGGUAUUCAAUGUCAAAUCGAGUCAACGGCCAAAAAAAUCUUAUCUGCUGAAUUAUUUUUGUAAGUAGCUAUUUAUUUUAUUACUAGAAUUUUCUUAUUAAUACUUAGAAAUGCGAUAUUCUAUGAAAUGGUGCAAAACUUUACUUUGGUUUAUUUCAUUAUAAUCAAUUAAAAUUAUCAUGAGGGGAUAUGCCAUAAUCGCCACGCUUGGCAGACGGGUUGGCGAUCGCAGUAAGUUAGUCAUAGUACUCAGAGAGACGCUGCUGCCCGUUCUCUGGUGUAUAUUCCCUCGGGUCGACUUCUACGCCCCCCACGGGAUGAGAUGGGGUGGUGAUAUUCGUCGCCGUCACCACACGGCAAAUCCUUGGGGGAGGCCUUUGUCCAGCAGUGGACGUCUUUCGGCUGAUGAUGAUGAUGAUGAAUUAAAAUUACAACGAAAGUUAUCAAAAAAAGUAAACCGCGGCUCUUCAGUAUCAAUCAAUGUUAAUCUGUAAUGGUGAUUAAUGGUUAAACGUUGUAAUUGUAAUUAUUAAACUGAUUACAUUCUACAGAAGCCUGCCGUUAAUGUUGAAAUCUCGAAUCGAAUGUUCUACACUUAAACGUGCUGCUUUAAUGAGUUACAAAUAGUAACAAAAGAAGUACUUAGAAAUUAUCUAGAAUAUUGUGUGCCGUGAGAUCGCCAGCUUGUCGCCUUAUUAUAUCCUUAAUGUUGAAUGAUGUAAGAUUUUAUUAUAAUAACGCUAGAAUUUUGUUCGAAUUAAAUGAAUACAUUGAUAAGUAGUUUUUUAUUCGAAUGUCUUGAGCAUUAGUCAUUAUUUAUUUGUCAUUUCGUUUAAAGGCCCAAAUACUCUAAACUCCUAAAAACAAAACUGUAAUUCGUAAAACGAUAUAAGAUAUUGAAAAAGUAUUCAAACGGUGAUAUGUAUAUUUUUUCAUGUAAAAUAACAAGUUAUUUUUAGAAUGUCCACACGCCCACGCUUGUUGGGCUUUCCCAGAUUUUUUUUUCUGGCAAUACCAAUUAUGAUUGUUAAAUAUAUAAUUUGAGUUAAAAAUGUGGCUUCCGAUGACACUAUUAACAAACCAAAAAAAAAUUAUAUUUAUGGCAACAAUUUAUGUUUCUUUUAUUUAUUGAAUUAAUGAACCAGUAGCGAUCUAGUCCGAUUAGUAUUUUAAAACAUUCCUUUUUAAUAUAUUACUUGGUAGCUUGUCUUUAUAUUCGGUCGCACCGUGCAAUAUUAUUUUAAUCUUUCGCACAAGUAUGUAUUGUAUUAUGAGGCAUUUGUUAAAUAAAAUUGUUAA